AACUGAUCAACCAUAUCUAAUAGAAAUCAUUGCCCCUGGCAAAAGCUGCGGUAGAAUUGAAUUACACAUGGAACACAAUGCUUUUACGGCUUCUUAGAAAACUGUAAUUCAAUCUGUUUAGUACAGAGAAGAAACAGAUAAAGUCUAAAUUAAAACAUUAAAAAAGUUUUGUUGUAUGUGAAAUACAAAUACUUAUGUGAAGCUGAAGGUAAAGAGAUCAUAUGUCUCUUGCAAAACCUUAAUUCCAAGCACCAGUCUGAGAUACAAAGACAUGGUCUGUCUUUUUACCCUGCUCUUGACGUGGAAAAACCUCUUCAUUGAAUAAAAAUCAACAUGCCCAAAGCUCAUAAAGGUUAAAUCUGUUUUUUCCUAAGCAAAUUAUUUGAUUUAUAGAAAAGAUGAGUCACCACAUCAUGUAUCACUCUACAUGGAUUAAUCUUAAAACUACUGUUCUCCCAGCUGAUUGUUCCACUGUCAAGUCAGAAGCAGAUGCACAAGUUUAUGGGAACUUGAGCUCAGACAAAAAGCGAGCAUGCCAAGUCAACAUCAAACUGGAGAGAAAGUGUUCAAUUACAAAAUAUCACGUGGAAGAGAGAGAGGAAACCGAUUUAAAAGCUCGCAUUUUAUAUCGUCUCUGCUGGAGAAGGCGAGUCUUAUAGUUCCUUCAGAAUGGGCAGUCUUCUCUCAGAUGCAUCUGGACAACAGCAGCAUCGGGUCAUGGAGAGGUGUCCCUAGCUUUACCAACCCAUGCACGCGGAGGUCUCUGCUGUAGUUUCUUUUGAGAACAGUCGUUUAUCCUGUUUUUGUCAGCGGGAUUGCUGUCCUUAUCCAAGCGCACCGACUCAGACCAUCACCUCCGCCAGAACCCGCAGGGGGCCGUGAGAGCACCGGGUCAGCGUGGGCUUCGUAAGCACCGCAGAGAAGAUGAAUAUCCAGGUUCUGCCAGAACACAAGCUCUCGUCGGUGGCCCCGCUCAAACAGUGCAAUGUGGAAAAAAAGGAGGUAGAACUGAUACUGGUGAAGGACCAGAAUGGCGUCCAGUACACCAGUUCCUCCAUCAUUCCGACCCCUGGCCGCCUCGCAGGUCCUCCCGGAUCCUUCGAGGACGACCGAGAAACUUGGGGCAAGAAAAUAGACUUUCUCCUGUCGGUCAUUGGCUUCGCGGUGGAUCUGGCCAAUGUUUGGAGAUUUCCUUACUUGUGCUACAAAAAUGGAGGAGGUGCCUUUUUGAUCCCCUACAUUCUUUUCUUGGUCAUUGCGGGGAUGCCCUUGUUCUACAUGGAGCUUGCCUUGGGCCAGUAUAACAGGGAAGGGGCAGCUACAGUUUGGAAAAUAUGCCCUGUCUUUAAAGGUGUGGGCUACACUGUGAUUCUCAUAGCCCUGUAUGUAGGCUUCUACUACAAUGUCAUCAUUGCCUGGUCCCUCCACUACCUGUUCUCCUCCAUGACCAGUGAGCUGCCGUGGCUCAAAUGUGGCAACAUCUGGAACAGUCAGAACUGCACCGAUCCCAAAGCCAUCAACGGAUCUGUCCUUGGCAAUGGAACGUCUUACGCAAAGUACAAGAUCACCCCAGCAGCAGAGUACUAUGAACGGGGUGUUCUGCAUCUCCAUGACAGUAAAGGUAUCCAUGACCUGGGCCUGCCUCGCUGGGAGUUGACCUUGUGUCUAGUUGUGGUAGUCUUCAUCCUCUACUUCAGCUUGUGGAAAGGUGUCAAGUCCUCAGGGAAGGUGGUGUACAUUACAGCUACCAUGCCCUACGUGGUCCUUUUUGUGUUGCUGAUCCGAGGCAUAACUCUACCAGGAUCCAUGGCCGGCAUUAGGGCCUACCUCCACAUUGAUUUCAAGCGCCUCAACAAUCUAGAGGUGUGGAUUGAUGCUGCCACCCAGAUAUUCUACUCACUAGGAGCAGGGUUUGGUGUGCUCAUUGCAUUUGCCAGUUAUAACAAAUUUGACAACAACUGCUACAGGGAUGCUCUCUUGACCAGCACUGUGAACUGCAUCACCAGUUUCUUUUCAGGGUUUGCCAUCUUCUCUGUGCUUGGAUACAUGGCUGACAAACAUGGGGUGAGAAUAGAGGAUGUGGCAACAGAGGGAGCAGGAUUGGUGUUUAUCAUUUACCCUGAAGCAAUUUCUACACUGCCUGGCUCAACAUUUUGGGCUAUUGUAUUCUUCAUCAUGUUGCUGACUCUGGGCAUUGACAGUUCGAUGGGUGGCAUGGAGGCAGUCAUUACAGGCCUGACGGAUGACUUCAAGAUCCUCAAGAGAAACAGGAAACUGUUCACCUUCGCCACAGCCUUUGGAACCUUCCUGGUUGCCCUGCUCUGUAUUACUAAUGGUGGCAUCUACGUGCUGACCUUGUUAGACAAGUAUGCUGCAGGGACUUCUAUACUAUUUGGUGUGUUGAUCGAGGCCAUUGGAGUGUCAUGGUUUUACGGUGUGGAUCGCUUCAGCGAAGAUAUUGAGCGAAUGAUGGGCUUCAAGCCAGGACUGUAUUGGAGGCUGUGCUGGAAAUUUGUCAGCCCAGCUUUUCUUCUGUUUGUGGUAAUAGCCAGUACUCUGACAUCGUCGGGCCUGAAGUAUGAUGACUACACCUUCCCUUACUGGUCCAACGUCAUUGGCUGGUGUGUGGCCAUGUCCUCCAUGCUGUUUGUCCCAUUCUACGCUGUGUAUAAAUUCUUAAGCCUACCAGGAACAUUCAGAGAGAGGAUAGCCUAUUGCAUCACCCCAGAACAUGAACAUCAUUUGGUUGCUGACGGAAAUGUACGGCAAUUUAAACUCAAGCAUUGGCUGGCCAUCUGAUGACAAAUACCCAGAAUUCCCUCAUCCAUCCUCGCAUCUGUUGUUUGGAGUUCCUGUGUGCUACAAGUGGUCAGACUUAUGAGGAGACCAACAGGCUCCAACCUCUCUCAGCAGCCUCCUGUGCAUUUACCACCCAAGGCCUUUGUUGUCAGCGGCUUCAAGCACUUUGAUUUCGGAGUUACGCCUUUUAAUAUUCUGAAACCAUUCUGCAGCUUCGGCUCAUAAGGGAAGGGCACCCAAUGGAGAAAAAUCUACUGUUAUUUGCCCUUGGACAUCAUUAUUGUUUUUAUAUACUAUUUUAAUUAUUAUUACACUACUUCCUAAGUUUGUGAUGUGACCACUAUCUCUUAGAAGGGAUAGAAAUUAGAAUAAAAAAACCAAACAAUCCCAUGCUUCUGCAUAUUACUAUACAGGAGGCCAAAAUAUUUCAAUUCUUAAAUUUAUUUAUAGGCCUGUGAUGAAGAUGAUGAUUAUUAUUAUUAUUAUUAUUGCCAUCUGCUGUCACUCUGUUGGCUGAGUGGCUUAUCUGUGUCAGUGCCUUAUCAAGCGAGACACUCCAUGUUUCUUACAGUCUGUACAGGAAUAAAUAAAAUAAACUGCGUUGACUCAGGAACCCACUAAAUCAAACCACAGUUUGUGGAUGGCUCAGCUCAGUUUUGACCUGGUCCUUUGAUGUUCAUGUCGAAGAGCUGGAGGUCAACAGAGCGUAAAGGUCAAGUCAUCAGGCCUGAUAUACUGCUUUUGGGUCACAUUGUGUUACAGAAAAGGGAAUAAUGCAUGCAUCACACCAAAGCUUUAAAAAAACCCACUGAGGCAGGCUUCAUUCACCUCUUAUGCUUUGAAAGGCCAGACUCAAAACCAGGCCCUCAUCUCAAAGAAAGGCUGAACCCUGGUCAGUGCCCUGCUGCUCACUUAAGAUGGAGGAGAAAAAUUCAGCAAAACAAAUGGCGUAACUGUUACAGUUUUGUAUCACUGUUUUGUGAUUUUUACUUUCCAAAUUUUUGUCUGUUCAGUGCUUCAAAGGAAUAUCUGUUGCUUUUCCUCCGGAGAAAGUGAGAGAAAGAGUGCGCGUGUGUGUGUGCGUGUGUGUAUUUGCGUGUGCAUGUAUUCAGAUUUUGUUGCCAGGCAUGGAGUAUGCUGUUAGAGUACAGAACAUGGAGGAGUAACAACUGUAAAAUGCCUCUUUCACUGCACUGUAGAUUAAGUAUUAUGUUAAAUGCAUGACAACAACUCUUAUACUUUCAUCAACAUAUCUUGUGGUGUUCCUAUUUUUCAUCACCAUAGAAGUGCCAAUAUGUUCCUUUAGGGAUGUUUUUGAUGAUCUUUUUUCUCUCUUUUUUAUUUAUUGGAAUGAAGUUGAAGUUUAAUUUUAAUCUUGAAUCAUAACAGCACCGAUACUGAAAGGAAUAAAGCCACAAACAAAAAAUAAGAUAUAUGUGGAAUAUAUAAGAAGAUAUAAAAAUAUAUAAAUAUAUUCUUUUGUUAUAUCUAAUCUUGUAUUUAUCAAAUUGUUUAUAACAAAACGUGAAUGUAAAGUAUUUUAAAUGUAACUGUCCACAGUCAUAACAUUGUGUUUGAUGUAUAGCUAAGAUGAACUAUUUAGAAAAAAUAUUCUUCAGUGUAACCCUGGGUUAGUUUGUCACAUAUGAAGGUGAACAAAUGCACCCUGGCUUUCCUGGACUAUGUUUACAGAAAUACUGUGUACAAUACCAAUGUCCUGUUGAACGUGAGUGACAACUAUCUAUGAAAAAGUCUGAAGUAUUCACACUAUGAUAAUAAAGAAUUUCUUCUACACACAAA